GAGGGGUCUUAAGGGGCGGCGAGCCCAAGUCGGACUUCCUCGGAGCCUGGCGACCAGCAAGGAUCCCAUCUCCUACUUCAGCUCUCUGCCCUACCCUACGUCCUCCGGAGCCAGGGACCCGAGCACGAUGUGGAAACACUGGCUGGCGCUAGCGCUGGUGGCCGUCGCCCUGGUCCACGGCGAGGAAGAACCAAGGAGCAAAUCCAAGAUCUGCGCCAAUGUGUUUUGUGGAGCUGGCCGGGAGUGUGCGGUCACAGAGAAGGGAGAGCCCACAUGCCUCUGCAUUGAGCAAUGCAAACCUCACAAGAGGCCUGUGUGCGGCAGUAAUGGCAAGACCUAUAUCAACCAUUGUGAACUUCAUAGAGAUGCCUGCCUCACUGGGUCCAAGAUCCAGGUUGAUUAUGAUGGACACUGCAAAGAAAAGAAGUCUGUGAGUCCGUCUGCCAGCCCAAUUGUCUGCUAUCAAGCUAACCGCGAUGAGCUCCGGCGUCGCAUCAUCCAGUGGCUGGAAGCUGAGAUCAUUCCAGAUGGCUGGUUCUCCAAAGGCAGCAACUACAGUGAAAUUCUGGACAAGUACUUUAAGAACUUUGAUAAUGGUGACUCUCACCUGGACUCCAGUGAAUUCCUGAAAUUUGUGGAGCAGAACGAAACAGCCAUCAACAUCACCACUUAUGCUGAUCAGGAGAAAAACAAACUGCUCAGAGGACUCUGUGUUGAUGCUCUCAUUGAACUGUCUGAUGAGAAUGCCGACUGGAAACUCAACUUCCAGGAGUUCCUCAAGUGCCUCAACCCAUCCUUCAACCCUCCUGAGAAGAAGUGUGCCCUGGAGGACGAAACAUACGCAGAUGGAGCUGAGACUGAGGUAGACUGUAAUCGCUGUGUCUGUUCCUGUGGACACUGGGUCUGCACUGCGAUGACUUGCGAUGGAAAGACUCAGAAGGGGGCCCAGACCCAGACACAGGAGGAGAUGACCAGAUAUGCCCAGGAACUCCAGAAGCACCAGGAAACAGCUGAAAAGACCAAGAAGGUAAACAUCAAAGAAAUCUAACAAGAAGCACAUAGCACCAUGUCUGGAGACCAGCGCCUCCUCCUCUUCAGCGCUGAGUCCAGUAUUCACGAGCGUCUGCUGUGAUCACCAAACCACCAGUAUUUGCUUGUCUGGCAAUGAAUAUUAUUUUGUUAGUUUUGCAAUGAAGGAAAUGAGGGUGGCUGGUUAGCAGGGGGAGGCCCCAACCUUCAUUUUCAGGAGUGCUUUAAGAGAAACUAAAGGGCACUUUGGGGCUGGAGGCAAGUAAGGAAACUGCAUCAUGCUGACAGAGGAGCAGACCUGGGUCCAAACAAAUCCUUUCAGGGGUCACAGCAGCUUUACGGAGGCUGCAGGGACAGCAUGUGAUGUUGGGGGGAGGGCUGAGCUGGCUCUGCUGGAGGAAGAAUGGGGAGCUCUGUGCAGAGGAAUCCUGCCGCAUUGACCCUUGUCACUCCGGGUCAGCAUGAGAGACCUGCAGCAUAUCUGCUUCCCCUCAGUCCCAACAAUCACCUGAAUACACAGCCAUCCCACUAGUGACCUGUGUCCCUCAGAUUUAGAUGGACUUUCUAGGAGGCUGUGUUUAAAUGAUGCAGAUACUUAUGUACUUCAAGCGCCAUAGAGACCUAACCAAAUUUUUAAAAUACACUUUUUUUAACCAAAGGUGCUAUUUCUCUGUAAAAGACUUUUUUUUGCAAGCUGAUUUCAUUCCUCAAUUAUUAUCAUUAUAUUAUUGUCACUUUUUAGUAUUUCAUUUUCUUGUCUAGAUAUUAAGCUUUUGUAAUUAUUUUUUUCAGUAGUCCUACUAUUUCAGAGGUGAAAGGGGUUUGGGAGCUUUUCUAUAACAUAGAUGGCCCCUUACUAGACUAGAUGCAAGCCAGAGCCGCAUCACCCCACCCCGGGCUUCUAGAAGGUCAGCUACAUGCCAAGAAGUGUAAGAUGCUUCAGACAAAAGCCACAGGAAGAAGCAUCUAAAUAGGCAAUUAUUGAAAUCCAAAGAGUUCAUUUGUUUUACAAAGGACGGGAACCCAGGUUAUCCCAGCCUGCCAACACAUAGUAAUCUGUGGCUAACUGGCAGGGCAACCCUGGCCCUGUCUGCUCCUGCUCUAGGUUCCAAUAUCCUUAGUAAAGUGGCAAGAAUGCAUCUUGGGAUUUAAUCAAUGAUACAGUUUGUGGUUUAGGUAACUGGCCCAGAGGAAGCUAGGGUCCUGUGACUCUGCCUUCUCUCCUUAGGAUAGAUGAAACCAUACAGCAAGAAAAGACAGCCAGGAACAGCAUGGCCAGGUUUUGCCUUGGUCUAAAUGAUCCUGUCAGGUGGCUGGGGUGAGGGCUUCACGGGUCAGUCUACCCAGGAAGAGAGCAUGAAGGACAACCUCCAACCUUCUCAACUUGGUACACAUGAGUGCAGUCUCUGGUUGGAGUCAGAUUUCCCCAUACAGAUGAAGAAAGCAGUUUCCAGCUUUGAAAGCAGUAUAAAAUGAAGACUGCAAGUCAGUUCUUUCUUUGAACCUCAGAUUCUUAGCUCCCUUCCUGCCUUGUUUCAUGUGCAUUUAACAUCACAAAAAAUAUCAAAACCUUAUCUCAUUUGCAAAACUCAAACUGUAGACCCUCCAAAUAAAUUAUUGAGAUUUUCCUGCAUAGGCAAAUGUGGAAAGUUGGGACAGAAAUGGAAUUCCUCCUAAAUAGUUUUCCCUGUUCUCAUUUAAAGGAGACAACUCCACUUUGCUGAGUGUUCUGAGCUUUUAUGUCCCAUCUCAUUAGAAAACUCUUGAACCCCUUGUGCAGUUCAGAUUUCAACACCCUCUCCAAGUGCUUUGGAGAGCUCACAGCAGCAUACCUUAAUCAAAAGUUUUGCCAGUCCAUGGCCAUGAUGGGAGAGAGCAGGAAUAUCAUGUUGCUCAAAGCAAAGAGCUACAGUGUCUGUUCACUGGUCAUCUUUAGAACAGUGGUUUUCAAUCAAGACUAUCCCAUCACUCAAGAGGGCAAGACCACAUUCCUCUUGAAUUCCGCUACUUCUGUGUGAGCAAGGUCGCUGUUGUCUGUACCGCCAUAGAUUCAUGUGAUGCGUAAACCAUUCAUGAGAAGCUGCUAAGUAGCCUAGUUUGGGGAGCCUUAGGUAGAGUUUUGCAUGGGACCAACAAGCAGGAUUGGAUCAAGUUCAGUUUCUACAGUCCUCCAGAAGCCUAUAGGCCAGGACUGUAAGCUCCCUGGGCUUUCUGUUUUGUUGUUGUUUUUAAUAAACAGCAGUGUCUCUUAAGAUUCAGAGCCCAGGGAAGUCUUCCCAUAUAAAUAUUCCAGGACUCUGGAUACUAGUACCAGUCUUGGAAAAGCAGGCUCCUCCAUCUGUAACCAAGUCCAUGUGAACAGUCUGAAUUCCUUGGUUAUACCUAUGAUCUAAAUAAAGUUAAACUUCAGGAAAUAGUUCCAACAGAUUUCUGUUGCCCAUGUGGUUAUGAAAAUGUAUUUGUAUUUAGUGUGCUUCCAUAUUUCAUUUAAUUUGUUUUUAUAAUUUCUGGUUUUUGUUACUAUGAAUAAAUAAAAAUAAAAUA